UGCGUCUCUCUCUCCCACCCCCACGUCUGCAGGAGGUGUGUGUGAGUGUGUGUGUGUGUGUGUGUGUGAGAGGGGGGCUGGUCUGUGUUUGAAUGAGGAGAGAGAGAGAGCACACAGGCAGCGUGCUCCAGCGGAUGUGUGAUUUGAGCAGGGGCUGGACUCUCCCUGGAAGCCUUGGAGUUUAUUUCUGUAAUUCACCCGCUGGAUCUCCCGGUCUCUCCUGCGUUUGAGCCUGCGUUUGAGCCUGCGUUUGAGCCCUCGCUGUGUGGAAUCGCAGCCCUGUUGUGUGGGAUUGUGGGAUGAUGGAGCUGGAGCUGGAUUCGGGAGGGCGUCUCUCCCCCUUGGAGAUGGACCUUGGCCCCCCUCCUGGCUUUGCUCAGGUGUCCUUCAACUACAACCAGCUGGAGGGGCGCUUCAAACAGCUGCAAGACGAGCGAGAGGCGGUGCAGAAGAAGACCUUCACUAAGUGGGUGAACUCCCACCUGGCGCGCGUGUCCUGCCGCAUCACAGACCUGUACAUGGACCUGCGGGACGGCCGCAUGCUCAUCAAGCUGCUGGAGGUGCUGAGCGGGGAGAGGCUGCCGAAGCCCACUAAGGGCCGCAUGCGGAUCCACUGCCUGGAGAACGUGGACAAGGCCCUGCAGUUCCUGAAGGAGCAGCGCGUGCACCUGGAGAACAUGGGCUCCCACGACAUCGUCGACGGCAACCACCGCCUCACACUGGGGCUCAUCUGGACCAUCAUCCUCCGCUUCCAGAUCCAGGACAUCAGCGUGGAGACCGAGGACAACAAGGAGAAGCGGUCGGCCAAAGAUGCUCUGCUUCUCUGGUGCCAGAUGAAGACCGCUGGCUACACCAACGUCAACAUUCAUAACUUCAGCACGAGCUGGAGAGAUGGCAUGGCCUUCAACGCCCUGAUCCACAAACACAGGCCUGACCUGAUUGACUUUGAUAAGCUGAAGAAGUCCAACGCCCACUACAACCUGCAGAACGCCUUUAACCUGGCCGAGCAGCACCUGGGACUCACCAAACUCCUGGAUCCAGAGGAUAUCAGCGUAGACCACCCCGAUGAGAAGUCGGUGAUCACCUACGUGGUGACGUACUACCACUACUUCUCCAAGAUGAAGGCUCUGAAGGUGGAGGGCAAGAGAAUCGGCAAGGUGCUGGACAACGCCAUCGAGACGGAGAAGAUGGUGGAGAAGUACGAGUCUCUGGCGUCCGACCUGCUGGAGUGGAUCGAGCAGACCAUCAUCAUCCUCAACAACCGCAAGUUCGCCAACUCCCUGGUGGGGGUGCAGCAGCAGCUACAGGCCUUCAACACCUACCGCACCGUGGAGAAGCCCCCGAAGUUUACGGAAAAGGGCAACCUGGAGGUGCUGCUGUUCACCAUCCAGAGCAAGAUGAGAGCCAACAACCAGAAGGUCUACACGCCCCGCGAGGGAAAACUCAUCUCCGACAUCAACAAGGCCUGGGAGAGGCUGGAGAAGGCGGAGCACGAGCGGGAGCUGGCCCUGCGGAUGGAGCUGAUCCGCCAGGAGAAGCUGGAGCAGCUGGCCCGCCGCUUCGACCGCAAGGCGGCCAUGAGGGAGACGUGGCUGAGCGAGAACCAGCGGCUCGUCUCUCAGGACAACUUCGGGUUCGACCUCCAGGCGGUGGAGGCGGCCACCAAGAAGCACGAGGCGAUCGAGACGGACAUCGCGGCGUACGAGGAGCGCGUGCAGGCCGUGCUGGCCGUGGCGCGCGAGCUGGAGGCGGAGGAUUACCACGACAUCAAGCGCAUCGCGGCGCGCCGGGACAACGUGGUGCGCCUGUGGGAGUACCUGCUGGAGCUGCUGCGUGCCCGUCGCCAGCGGCUGGAGAUGAACCUCGGCCUGCAGAAGGUCUUCCAGGAGAUGCUCUACAUCAUGGACUGGAUGGACGAGAUGAAGAUGCUGCUGCUCUCGCAGGAUUAUGGGAAACAUCUGCUCGGCGUGGAGGACCUGCUGCAGAAACACGCCCUGGUGGAGGCUGACAUCGCCAUACAGGCCGACCGUGUCAAGUCCGUCAACGCCACGGCGCAGAAGUUCAUCAUCGACACUGAGGGCUACAAGCCGUGUGACCCGCAGGUGAUCCGGGAUCGCGUGGCCCACAUGGAGUUCUGUUACCUGGAGCUGAGCCAGCUGGCCGCGGAGCGCCGGGCGCGGCUGGAGGAAUCGCGCCGGCUCUGGAAGUUCUUCUGGGAGAUGGCGGAGGAGGAGGGCUGGAUCCGGGAGAAGGAGCAGAUCCUGCGGUCGGACGACUGCGGGAAGGACCUGACGGGCGUGCUGCGGCUGCUGAGCCAGCACAAGGCGUUCGAGGACGAGAUGACGGGGCGGAGCGGCGGCCUGCAGCACACCGCCCGCGAGGGCGAGGAGAUGAUCUCCGCCGGGCACUUCGGCGCCGAGAAGAUCCGGCAGCGAAUCACGGAGGUGCAGGAGCAGUGGGCGGAGCUGGAGCGGCUCUCGGCCGUGCGGAAGGGCGUGCUCCGCGACGCGUGCAACACGCACCAGUUCCAGGCGGACGCGGACGACGUGGACGCCUGGAUGCUGGACGUGCUGCGCAUCGUGUCCAGCGCGGACGUGGGCCACGACGAGUUCUCCACGCAGGCGCUCGUCAAGAAGCACAAGGACGUGGCCGAGGAGAUCGCCAGCUACCGGCCGGCCAUCGACGCGCUGGCGGAGCAGUCCCGCGCGCUGCCCGCCCCGCAGGCCGAGGCCCCCGAGGUCAAGGGUCGCCUGGCGGGGAUCGAGGAGCGCUACGCGGAGGUGGUGGAGCUGACGCGCCUCAGGAAGCAGGCCCUGCAGGACGCCCUGGCGCUCUACAAGAUGUCCAGCGAGGCCGACGCCUGCGAGGUGUGGAUCGCUGAGAAGGAGCAGUGGCUCCUCAACAUGCACAUCCCUGAGAAACUGGAGGACCUGGAGGUGAUCCAGCACAGGUUCGAGAGCCUGGAGCCGGAGAUGAACAGCCAGGCUUCUCGCGUUGCCGUGGUGAACCAGAUCGCCAGGCAGCUGAUCCACAGCGGACACCCCAGCGAGAAGGAGAUCAAGGGCCAGCAAGACAAGCUCAACACCAGGUGGAGUCAGUUCCGUGACCUGGUGGAUCUGAAGAAGGAGGCCCUGAACUCGGCCCUGGGCGUGCAGAACUACCACCUGGAGUGCAACGAGACCAAGUCCUGGAUUCGCGAGAAGACCAAGGUGAUCGAGUCCACGCAGGAGCUGGGCAACGACCUGGCGGGCGUGAUGGCACUGCAGAGGAAGCUGACGGGCAUGGAGCGCGACCUCACCGCCAUCGAGGACAAGCUGGGCGACCUCCGCAAGGAGGCGGACCGCCUGGGCGCCGAGCACCCCGACCAGGAGCAGGGCAUCGUGGGCCGGCUGGCGGAGAUCACGGCGGUGUGGGAGGAGAUGAAGAUGACUCUGCGGAACCGCGAGGAGUCGCUGGGCGAGGCCAGCAAGCUGCAGCAGUUCCUGCGUGAUCUCGACGACUUCCAGUCCUGGCUGUCGCGCACGCAGACCGCCAUCGCGUCCGAGGACAUGCCCAACACGCUCACCGAGGCCGAGAAGCUGCUGGCCCAGCACGAGGGCAUCAAGAACGAGAUCCACAACUACGAGGAGGACUACCAGAAGAUGCGGGACAUGGGCGAGAUGGUGACGCAGGGCCAGACGGACGCCCAGUACAUGUUCCUGCGCCAGAGGCUGCAGGCCCUGGACACCGGCUGGAACGAGCUGCACAAGAUGUGGGAGAACCGGCAGAACCUGCUGUCCCAGUCCCACGCCCACCAGCUGUUCCUCAGGGACACCAAGCAGGCCGAGGCCUUCCUCAACAACCAGGAGUACGUGCUGGUGCACACAGAGAUGCCCACCACCCUGGAGGCUGCAGAGGGCGCUAUAAAGAAGCAGGAGGACUUCAUGACCACCAUGGACGCCAAUGAGGAGAAGAUCAGUGGCGUGGUGGAGACGGGCCGCCGGCUGGUGAGCGACGGGAACAUCAACGCCGAGCGCAUCCAGGAGAAGGUGGACUCCAUCGACGACCGGCAUAAGAAGAACCGCGAGGCGGCGAGUGAGCUGCUGAUGCGUCUGAAGGAUAACCGCGACCUGCAGAAGCUCUUGCAGGACUGCCAGGAGCUGUCCCUCUGGAUAAACGAGAAGAUGCUGACCGCACAGGACAUGUCGUAUGACGAGGCGCGGAACCUGCACAGCAAGUGGCUGAAGCACCAGGCCUUCAUGGCCGAGCUGCAGUCCAACAAGGAGUGGCUGGAGAAGAUUGAGAAGGACGGGAAGCUGCUGGUGUCGGAGAAGCCAGAGACAGAGGCGGUGGUGAAGGAGAAGUUGUCGUCGCUCCAGACGAUGUGGGCGGAGCUUGAGUCCACCACUCAGACGAAGGCGCAGUGCCUGUUCGACGCCAACAAGGCGGAGCUCUUCACCCAGAGCUGCGCCGACCUCGACCAGUGGCUGCUGGGCCUGGAGGGGCAGAUCCAAUCAGACGACUACGGCAAGGACCUGACCAGCGUCAGCAUCCUGCUGAAGAAGCAGCAGAUGCUGGAGAACCAGGUGGAGGUGCGGCAGAAGGAGGUGCAGGAGCUGCAGAGCCAGGCCCACGUGCUGCGGCAGGAGGGCCGGGACACGGAGGAGGUGGACGGGAGGAGGCAGGUGGUGGAGCAGAAGUUCCAGGAGCUCCUGGAUCCCCUGAGGAAGAGGAAGGACUUUCUCAUGGCCUCCCGUGAGAUCCACCAGUUCAACCGCGACGUGGAGGACGAGAUCCUCUGGGUGGAGGAGAGGAUGCCGAUCGCGACGUCCACAGACCACGGACACAACCUGCAGACUGUACAGCUCCUCAUCAAGAAGAACCAGACCCUGCAGAAGGAGAUCCAGGGGCACCAGCCGCGGUGCGACGACAUCUUCGAGCGCAGCCAGAGCAUCGUGCGGGACGACAGCCCGAGUGCGGACGGCAUCCAGCAGCGCCUGGGCGACCUGCAGGGGCUCUGGCGCCUCCUGGUGGAGGAGGUGGAGAAGCGGCACGGCCGGCUGGAGGAGGCGCACCAGGCGCAGCAGUACUACUUCGACGCUGCGGAGGCCGAGGCCUGGAUGAGCGAGCAGGAGCUCUACAUGAUGUCAGAAGAGAAGGCCAAGGAUGAGCAGAGUUCGGUGGCCAUGUUGAAGAAACACCAGAUCCUGGAGCAGGCUGUGGAGGAUUACGCUGAGACUGUGCACCAGCUCUCCAAGACCAGCAGGACCCUGGUGGCAGCGGGACACCCAGAGAGUGAGCGGAUCAGCAUGCGGCAGUCUCAGGUGGAUAAGCUGUACGCCGGGCUGAAGGACCUGUCGGAGGAGCGCAGGGGGAAGCUGGACGAGAGGUUCCGGCUCUUCCAGCUCAACCGCGAGGUGGACGACCUGGAGCAGUGGAUCGCCGAGCGCGAGGUGGUGGCCGGAUCCCACGAGCUGGGGCAGGACUACGAGCACGUCACGAUGCUGCAGGAGCGGUUCCGGGAGUUUGCGCGGGACACGGGCACCAUCGGGCAGGAGCGGGUGGACGCGGUGAACCAGCUGGCGGACGAGCUGAUAAACUCGGGCCACGCGGAUGCGGCCACGGUGGCGGAGUGGAAGGACGGGCUGAACGAGGCCUGGGCCGACCUGCUGGAGCUCAUCGACACACGCACGCAGAUCCUCGCCGCCUCCUACGAGCUGCACAAGUUCUACCACGACGCCAAGGAGAUCCUGGGCCGCAUCCUGGACAAGCACAAGAAGCUUCCAGAAGAGCUGGGCCGCGACCAGAACACAGUGGAGACGCUGCAGAGGAUGCACACCACCUUCGAGCACGACAUCCAGGCCUUGGGCACGCAGGUGCGGCAGCUCCAGGAGGACGCGGUGCGUCUGCAGUCGGCCUACGCCGGGGACAAGGCCGAUGACAUCCAGAAGCGGGAGGGCGAGGUGCUGGAGGCCUGGAAGGCCCUGCUGGAGGCCUGCGACGGGCGCAGGGUGCGGCUGCUCGACACCGGGGACAAGUUCCGCUUCUUCAGCCUGGUGCGCGACCUCAUGCUCUGGAUGGAGGACGUCAUCCGCCUCAUCGAGGCCCAGGAGAAGCCCAGGGAUGUGUCCUCGGUGGAGCUCCUGAUGAAUAACCACCAGGGCAUCAAGGCCGAGAUCGACGCACGCAAUGACAGCUUCACCACCUGCAUCGAGCUGGGCAAGUCGCUGCUGUCACGGAAACACUACGCAUCUGAGGAGAUCAAAGAAAAGUUGCUACAGUUGACGGACAAGAGGAAAGAGAUGAUUGACAAGUGGGAGGAUCGAUGGGAGUGGCUUAGACUGAUUUUGGAGGUGCACCAGUUCUCGCGGGACGCGGGCGUGGCCGAGGCGUGGCUGCUGGGGCAGGAGCCGUACCUGUCGAGCCGGGAGAUGGGCCAGAAUGUGGACGAGGUGGAGAAGCUCAUCAAGAGACACGAGGCCUUUGAGAAGUCCGCCGCCACCUGGGAGGAGAGGUUCUCCGCCCUGGAGCGGCUCACUACGUUGGAGUUACUGGAAGUGAGAAGAAUGCAAGAGGAAGAGGAGAGGAAGAGACAGCCCCCGACAGAGAGCCUGCCUGCCCCCGACACAGAGCAGAGGGAGGGGGAGCAGAUCGCCCAGAAUGGACUGCCCUCAGACCAGGACUCCCCGCGGGAGGGGGUGGACGGGGGCGAGGGGGUGAACGGGGUGGGGGGGGGCUCUCAGGGCUCCAGCCCCGUCCCCUCCCCCACGCUGGAGCGGCGGGGGAAGCAGUCCUCCACCCUCCCGGCGCUAUCCCAGCAGCCCCAGUCCCAGCUGGAGGGCGUGCUGCACCGCAAGCACGAGUGGGAGGCGCCCAAUAAGAAGGCGUCCAGCAGGUCCUGGCACAAUGUGUACUGUGUCAUCAACAACCAGGAGAUGGGCUUCUACAAGGACAGCAAGACGGCGAGCCAGGGCGUGCCCUACCACAACGAGCUCCCCGUGAGCCUGCGGGGCGCGGUGUGCGAGGUCGCCGUCGACUACAAGAAGAAGAAGCACGUCUUCAAACUGAGACUGACAGACGGCAAUGAGUAUCUCUUCCAAGCCAAAGAUGAUGAGGAGAUGAACAUGUGGAUCCAGGCCAUCUCCAACGCCGUGGCCUCCGACCAAUCAGAGCUGCCCCCCAGUACUCAGAGCACCCCCGCCUCAGGCCGCGCCCACACGCUGCCCGCCUCCGUCACCAUGACCACCGAGUCCAGCCCGGGGAAGCGCGAGAAGGAGAAAGAGAAGGAGAAGGAGAAACGCUUCAGCCUCUUCAGCAAGAAGAAGUAGAGCUCCGCCCCUUCCUGCCCCGUCCCCGCCGGGCCCUUUCAUUUCCUGUUCCUAUCCCCCGGCAUUCCGGGAUAUUCCAUCUUUUAUUCCCCCGGCAUUCCGGGAUAUUCCAUCUUUUAUUCCCCCGGCAUUCCGGGAUAUUCCAUCUUUUAUUCCCCCGGCAUUCCGGGGAUGUUCCAGCAUGCAAGCUCAGAAGCUAGAAUCCCCCCCCCCCCCACCCUGUGCCGAACGGCCCUCUGAUUGGUCAGUUACAGCCCACUCUCUGUAACGUUCCUCUGAUUGGUCAGUUACAGCCCACUCCCUAACGUUCCUCUGAUUGGUCAGUUACAGCCCACUCUCUGUAACGUUCCUCUGAUUGGUCAGUUACAGCCCACUCUCUCUAACGUUCCUCUGAUUGGUCAGUUACAGCCCACUCUCUCUAACGUUCCUCUGAUUGGUCAGUUACAGCCCACUCUCCCUAACGUUCCUCUGAUUGGUCAGUUACAGCCCACUCUCUCUAAUGUUCCUCUGAUUGGUCAGUUACAGCCCACUCUCUCUAACGUUCCUCUGAUUGGUCAGUUACAGCCCACUCUCUCUAACGUUCCUCUGAUUGGUCAGUUACAGCCCACUCUCUCUAACGUUCCUCUGAUUGGUCUGUUACAGGCCACUCUCUCUAACGUUCCUCUGAUUGGUCAGUUACAGGUCACUCAUAGAGCUGUCUGGAUGUGGAUGUGGAUGAUGACAAAAGUGAUGAUGAAGAUUUGGCCUUAAGCCAGUGUGCAGAAGCCAUCUUAAAAAUUUAAAUCUUAACACAGACAGGACCACAUUUUUUAUUUGUUUUGUUCUUGUUCCUUUUAAAUAUUUUUUUAAAUCAAAUUUUUGCAAUUCCUCUUUUUGGUUUGUUUAAUUGUACGUCGUUGGUCUGGAUAUUAAAACAUUUCCUCAAUUUUGUGAGGCUGUCUUGGAAGGACAUCCUUUUCUGCUGUUGAAAAGCAAGACAGCGGUGCUUAAAAACCUGCACAUUCAUGCUCUGUAAAGUCCAAUAACACACACACACACACCCUCACACAGAAACACACACAUACACUGACACCCUCACACAUAAACACACACAUACACUGACACCCUCACACAUAAACACACACAUACACACACACCCUCACACAGAAACACACACAUACACUGACACCCUCACACAUAAACACACACACACACACACCCUCACACAGAAACACACACAUACACAAACACCCUCACACAGAAACACACACACACACACCCUCACACAGAAACACACACAUACACUGACACCCUCACACAGAAACACACACAUACACUGACACCCUCACACAUAAACACACACACACACACACCCUCACACAGAAACACACACAUACACAAACACCCUCACACAGAAACACACACAGAAACACCCUCACACAUAAACACACACACACACCCUCACACAGAAACACACACAUACACAAACACCCUCACACAUAAACACACACACACAAACACCCUCACACAGAAACACACACAUACACCGACACCCUCACACAUAAACACACACACACAAACACACUCCGAUAGAAAGACACACACAAAAACUCACACAUACAAGCAUACACACAUACAAACACUCCCAGGACCCACACAGGAACACACUCACACACAUGCAGGAACACACACACAUGAAUACACAUACACAUACGAACAAACUCACGCACACACAUAUGCACACUCACAUGUACAUGCAAACACACACACACUUGCGUUCACACACACAAAAAACACACACACCUACUCAGUUAUUUUACUAAGGUAGCUAUGCUAAGUCUUGACUAAUAAACCUUCCAUCCAUUAUAGGAAGUUGGUAUAUCGUCUUUGCUAAUUCUUAGUAUAAACUUACAUUUGGAUACAAACACUGAAAGGCCAGGUUAUCGGCACAUGAUGGGACUCUUGUAAAAACGGAGAUGCUCAGUUAGAAUGUUGGAUAUAUAGGAAGGAUAGAACACAGAAUGAAUUUUAAAUCUGUAAUUUUACACAUUUUUUCUUCCUAUUGUUUAUCGUUUUUGUUUUGUUCAUUGUUGUUCUUGAGUUGCAUUAUAAUAUAUGUUUCAAAUAAUUCUAGUACAGAGUAUAAAAAGCUAGAUGUAUUAUAAACACUUUAAAGCAUCAAUGUUAAGUGGAACCCAAGCAUUUACUGGAAAAUUAAAUAAGUAAUGUUACUCAAAAAGGUUGCUUGCUUGUUGGCUAUAGCACUGCGUGUCAUAAUUUUUUGCUACAUUUUCUGGCUCUUUGAUACAUAGUGUGCAUUUCUGUCACUGUAACUAUUGUAAUGAACAUUUUAUUCAUCUUAUUGCACAAUCAAAUAAACACGGCGUAACCCGAAA